GGAGCUCCUCUUUGGGCAAAGUCCUAUGGAAAGCUAAACGUGCAAGUUUCCGUUUCCAAAGUCAAUUUCGCUCGCUCUUUUUUAUAAUUAUUUAAUUAGUUUACGAUAUUUAAGUUUAGUAAUCAUGUACAAUUUGAGGUCUAAAUCGCGAAACGCCAAGCCCAAAAACGCAAAUCCUCCAAAACCUCAGCCUGCUAAGCCAAAAGGUAAGGCAACACGUGAUCGUGUUCGUGAUAAACCCAAACAGAUUACUGAAGACCAUGAUGUUGAUCUCGAUGAGACAUUACCAAUUGAAGAGUUCAUGGAAAACUACAAAAGGAAAGCUGAACAGGAUAGUGAAAGCAAAACAAAGAAAGCUAAAAUAGAAGAAACACCUGUUGUUACGAGUGGUUUAGUAAUGACUUUUGGUGAUGACUUUUGUGGUGAACUCGGAUUAAAAAAGACUGGCUUCAGCAAAAAACGCCCGGUUUUAGUUGAAGGCAUUAAACAAAAAGUGACGCAAAUAGUGUGUGGAGGAAUGCACAAUGUUUGCAUAACCACCAAUGGUGAAAUCUACUCUUGGGGUUGUAACGAUGAAGGAGCUCUUGGGCGCAAAACAGAUAACCCUCCAAAAGGACGUAAUCUAGAAGCUGAACCUAACAAAGUGCCUUUUUUAUCCAAAGCUAAAAAAGUGACAGCCGGUGAUUCUCAUUCUGCAGCUUUAACUUCGCAUGGAGAAAUUUAUAUUUGGGGUAACUUCAAGGACUCCACUGGAAACAUAGGUAUUAAACCUGAUUCUGAUUCGUUGGAUGGACAAUUUCAACCACUUCGAAUUGAAUUACCAGAUACAAAUUUUGUGGACCUUGCAUCAGGCAUUGAUCAUAUUUUAUUAUUAACUGACACUGGUGUUGUGUAUUCUAUUGGAUCAGGUGAACAAGGACAAUUAGGAAGACUUGAAAAGAAUGAAUGGAAAGAGAUCAAAAACAAAAGAGACAUUUAUCUUAAGCCUGCAAUUGUAAAAUUUGAUGAUGAAUCAAUUAGAUGUGAUCAAAUCUGGGCUGGACAGUAUUCUUCGUUUGCCCGUGCCAAGAAUGGUGAUAUUUAUGCAUGGGGUCUCAACAACUAUUCCCAGCUUGGAAUACCGCAAACAAAUACUCAUCAAGAUGAUUUAGUAGUCCCUUUUCCAAUUCAAAUUUCUUCCUUAUCUAAAUUAAAUGGUCAAGUAGAACAAAUAUGCCAAGGACAACAUUUUAUGUUGGUAAGAGAUUCUACUGGAAAAGUUUAUUCGUGCGGCCGGCAUGAAUAUGGAAGAUUAGGACAUGGAGAAAUAGAUAAUUCUUUAGAAGAACCUAAACUUAUAGAGAAACUCGACACAGAAAACAUUAAAUGUAUAGCGACUGGAUCAAUCAAUUCAUUUGCAGUCAACGAAAAAGGUCAUCUUUAUUCUUGGGGAAUGAGUGGCACUUCAUUAGGUCUAGGAGAUGAUGACGUUUGGGAACCAACUCUAGUUGAAUCAAAAAAUCUUUCUACGCAUCAUGUAAUAUCUGUUUCUGCUGGUUCUCAACACACAGUUAUCAUCGUUACACCUAAAAGUGAUUAGUCUAAUAAAGUAGACAAAGCUCAAAUCCUUCACAUAAAUUGUCAUUAUAAAUAAAUUUAUCACCAACAACUAUUCAGUUAAACAUUAAAUCAACAGUGAACAUACACUUUAUUUACAAAGAAA